ACUAUCUGUAUUUUGAAAAGUUAUCCUAAAGGUGGAAUGCUUCUACACCACCACUUUAAACAAGGAUCCGAACAUGUGACAAACUUAUUUAUAGCCCGAUGUAUGAAAUGACUGUAUAAUGGCUAUAAAAAAGUGAUAUAAAAUUUAUGUGAAACGGUCAAAGCGAUCUCCACCUGGACCAAGAGGAAAACCUGUUCUAGGUGUGAUUCCAUUUCUUACCCGAAGACCAGAAAUCAAGUUUCACGAGUGGGCUAAUAAAUAUGGACCAAUCAUAUCAGUCCAAGUUGGUAGAGAAAAUUGAAUUGUUCUUAAUUCAUAUGAAGCAGUAAUGGAAGUUAUGGUUCGUCAAGGACAAAAGUUCAGCGAGCGACCACAAAAUUACGUCAUUCAGCAAAUAUUCAUAAACAGAGGAUUUGUUUUUGUUGGUGGUGAAUCCUGGCAGACAAUAAGAAAAUUUGGUAAUUCUGUUUUCCGGGCUCUUGGAGUUGGCAAAAGAACAUCCGAAAAGAUAAUUCUAAAUGAAAUAGAUGUUUGGCUAGAGAAGUUAAAUGCAAUGCGAAGUAAGCCGCAUUGUUUUGAUUUGGAUAUUUUAAAACUGUUUUGCAAUAUAACAUGUCAAAUUAGUCUUGGAAAGAAAUAUGAUGACAAUGAUAAAAUAUUCAAGUACACAGCAACAAAUGUGACAGCAGAUUCAUCGAAAGGGAUGUUACUCAAUGCGGGAAUGACACUACCAUUUCUGAAGAUUUUACCCCCAGUUAAAGCCACUUUGAAUCAAGUUCGAGAUGACAUGCAUGAACUUAUUGACUACAUAGGUGAAGAAAUAAAUGACAUGAAGUCAGUAGCCGAUCCAAAUGAAGUGGAAAAUGUAGCACAAGCAUUUUUUAAAGUAAAAAGAGAAGAAAAACAAACUCGGCAAAAAUGAGUUCUUUACAAACAGAAGGCUAGCGCACGUAGUUUAUGAUCUAUUCACCGCUGGUACUGAAACAACUUCAACUACCGUUGUAUGGUGUUUUCUUGCAUUGGUUCAUCUCCCAGAUAUACAAGAUAAAAUUCAACAAGAAAUUGA